CUACAUUGUACACACGAUUCUCUGCGCCAAUCGUGAGUUGACUAGCCAGAAAGCAUCCCCGACGCUCCUAAAAUACAUAUUUAUCGCAGAAGCUCUAUGAUUUCGGCGAUCGUUCUGGCUGCUUCUGCGCCAACUUUCUGUGGAAACCCCGGGUCCCUAGAGUUCCUAGAUUCAUUCGCGUCUAAAUUGGACGGAUGGAGUCAUGACUUAUUCCCCGGACUGGCAACAUUCAAUACGACUAUCAAUUACGCUGAAGAGAACAAGCCUUAUAUACUCAACAGCCUCAUAAAUAUCGUGAAGACGCGCUGGAAAGUUGGUACCUCCUGCAGAUUACGAUCCUUGUCGUUAGACAUCAACGGAGAUGACUGGGCAGACUCAGAUGUCGAGGAUGAAUUCCGCAUUCUACAGCAGUUCAAAGCAAGUUUAGAUGUUCCUUUGAAGAGGAAUGCGACAAGUGUAAGCCUGGGUCCACCAGCAUUGGAAGGCAGCUCGAAGGCAGAACCGAGGAGCAUGCCUGCAGCGUCACCUAAGCCUGCGAGGAGUCUCCUAAACAAUGCAACGUGCAAUAAAUUUUACUCGGAAGGAAAGAACGAGUCAAUGCGCGUUGCUCGCAGUAUCAUGCAUAUGCCGCAAGCCUGCCCCCUUUGUUUUACAUAAAGCUAAAAGUCCUGUUGUAUAAAUAUUUUUCCUACACUACAUUCUUUAUCGUCGUUCCGACCGUGUAUACCGUCCAUUCGUUUUAUGGCGUUUCGUCUAAUCUUUGCAAU